AUGCGUCUUAAGCGAAAUGUGUUUCAAAGCGCGUCCGGUUCGAUGCCGGUCGGUCGGUCUUAUGGUAGCACAGCGACAGUGUCAGCGGUAGUAAUAGCAGCAAUGGUCGUAGCAGCAACCACGGUAGUAGUAGUAGUAGUAGUACGGGAAUGCGGUGUCCGUCUGGUAAAUCCCAUGGCCGACUGGACGCACGCGGCGGUGGCGUGCAAUAUUACAAAACCUUCACAAAACACUUUCACCGGGAACGUCAUCGCGUUCCCACCAAUCCGCGAACCGCCGGAACUGAUAAUGAUAUUGCAGUCCGCGGCCGGAGUGGCGGUCCGACGUAAUGUGUUAUAA